UUUAUUUUUAAAUUUUUCAAUAGUUACUGCUUGCUUAGUGAUGGCUGGUUAUUUGUUUAUCAGCAUAUUGUUAGCGACUUUUUGGCUGACGAUAAAAAUGUCAAAUAGUGAGGUGAUUGUGGUUGGGGGUGGCCUGGCUGGCCUGUCAGCUGCCGUAAAAGCUGGACUUCAAGGUGCCCACGUCACCAUCAUUGAAAAAGAAAAGUCUGUAGGUGGAAACUCGGCCAAGGCAACAUCUGGCAUAAAUGGGGCCGAAACGGACACUCAGAAACGUUUAGGCAUUCAUGAUCAGUGGACUCUUUUUGAACAGGACACCAUAAAAUCUGGAGAUGGUUUUUCUGACCCCGAGUUAGUCAAAAUUUUGACAUCCAAGAGUAAAGACGCCAUUGAACAUUUGAAAAAUCUUACAGCAGAUUUAAAUGAUGUUGUUCAGCUUGGUGGUCAUUCAGUUGCUCGUUCACAUCGAUUCUUACCAUCAGCAGACGGUAAACCUGUUCCCGUUGGUUUCACUCUCGUGUCAACUCUUCGUAAGUACAUUGAAACAAAGCUAAACUCUACUGUCACUAUUCUUACCCAAAGUAAAUUUUUGAGUCUAAUUUAUAGAGGUAAUUCCGUCGUGGGUGUAAUGUACCUUGCUCCAGAUAAUUCCGAAAAAUCAAUUUACGGCACCGUGGUUUUGUCGGCUGGUGGGUUCGCUCAUGAUCGUUCGGAUGAUUCCCUACUCAUCAAGUAUGCUCCUAAAUUAGCAAAAUUGCCGACAACGAACGGUGUUUGGGCUACUGGAGAUGUUAUAAAAGUUGCAUUGAAUGAUAAUCUGUCGCUGAUACAACUGGAUAAAAUUCAGGUUCAUCCCACUGGGUUCAUUGAUCCAAAAGAUCCUAAAUCAAACAGUAAAUUUUUAGCUCCAGAAUCGCUGAGAGGAUGUGGUGGUCUGCUGCUUAAUUCACACGGAAAUCGUUUCGUCGACGAAUUAACCAGACGAGAUUACGUCACUGACGCCAUCUUCAAAAACUGUCAGAGGUUCACACAGGAAACAGGGGACGUGAUGGACGAGAGCAGUCCGACUUACGCCGUUCUCCUGCUAAACGAGGCUAUCUUAGAAAGAUUCGGUAAAGGUACAGCCGGUUUCUACAAAUUUAAAGGUCUCAUACAAGAUGUCGGAUCGUUCGAGAAUCUCGUCAAAACUCUGAAACUACAGAACGAAUCAGAUCUUCGUCGAACGCUGGAAAGUUACAAAUUGUCGGCUCAGAACCAGCGCAAAGAUGAAUUCGGUAAGACAAUAUUCCCGGUUAUAUUCGAUACCGACAGCGAUCAUUUUUACAUCGCCUACGUCACCCCAUCUCUUCAUUAUUGCAUGGGAGGUUUGAAGAUAGACGCACAGGCUCGCGUUUAUCGCAAAGCGUCGCACGAGGGCGCUGCCGAAACUGUGGUUUCCGGACUUUUUGCAGCCGGAGAAGUCACUGGUGGAGUCCACGGUCAGAACAGAUUAGGCGGAAAUAGUUUACUGGAGUGUGUUGUGUUUGGUAGGAUUGCUGGCUCUGAAGCUGCCAAAUAUGUACAGGUGCCUUAUGAGGAGUUGUGACUAUGAUGAGGAUGAUGAAGAUGAUGUUUGUUUUGAUUGCGAUGACUGUUGGAGGAGACGAUAAUGUUGAUGACGAUUGAUGAUUAAAUGACGCGAUUAAUACCUAAGUUAACGACGAUUAUGCAGACGAUGACGAUGAUGAUGUGGCUUUUAAUUUCUUCCCAGAUAACAUUCAUGAUGUAUCAAGGAUAUAUUGAAUUCCAUUUAAUAUUAUAUAUACAUAUUCAUUGCAUUGUUUGUCAUAUCAGAUCAUUUUUUGGUUUUUGUGAGGUUACAAUUGUUUCCGAGUUUUAAGUUCUUCAAAAUUGUCAACGCAUUCGUGUAUCAUUCAGUUAGUAUUGUUUCUGUUGGAUGUUAAUUUUGAUUUCAAAAAGCGGCUCAACAUCUCAUCUGCCUCCUUCUUACGAAUAUUAUUAAAUGAAAAAUUAUUCCAGCAAUCAAGAAAUAUUGAAGUAAGUGAGGUGGUCGACAACCAUGAUGGUGGCGGAGUUCAAGAUAACCAGGACUUACAAUCCGGACAGAAGAAUCCGGGAUCCAGUUUAAUUUUUCUGCUGCUCAUUUUCAGUUUGACUGUGGUUUUAUUCUUAAAAGGGUUCUCAUUUUAUCGAAGUAGACGCUAUCACGUGAUUAAAGUUCGAUGACGUAUCUGUGAUGUAAUGUCGACGACGACGAUGAUGAUAGUGUUGAUGAUGAUAACGAUGAUCUAAUGUUAUUGCCUUGUUCGGGUCAUCAUUUGGUUCGUUAAAUGCUAUCAAUAUUUUUAGAGUUAUAUGUAAUAAAAGUUGGAAACUAUU